UGUCAGUUGUGGACGGGCCGGUGGUGGCUGAGGUGAUUGAUCCCGACGGGGGCCGAUGGUGCAAUCAGAAGUUGAGUCAAUGGUUUGAUCCUCCGACCUGUGCGGCCAUCAAAUCGAUUCCCCUCCCGCGGUUACCGGUGGCGGAUAAGCUGGUUUGGCAUUAUAAUCCGGAGGGCGUUUUCACUGUGAAAUCGGCCUAUCAUUUGGCAGUCUCCAUGGAUAGAAGAAAGGGGGGCUGGAGGCCUGAGGUUAGUUGGAUGGAUAAGGCCAGCUGGAUCAGACUGUGGGAGGCGAACCUGCCCCCUAAGUAUAAAGUGUUUGUGUGGCAAAUUCUGAAUCGUAUGCUGCCUACAACGGAAGCUCUUAUUGAGAAGGAGGUGCCAGUUUUACCUCGAUGUCCGGUAUGCUGGGCUGAGUCGGAAACUCUGGAACAUUUGUUCCUCUACUGUCCGGUGGCUCGGGCACUCUGGGAUUAUUCGGGUCUGGCUUCCCUUGGGGAAGGCUUGCCGAAACACACGUUCCCCCUGUUCCUGAAGCGGGUUGUUAGCUCUGAUUAACCAACCCUCCGUCCUCAUGGUGGUUGUUGCUAUCCUAUGGCGAAUCUGGCGUUCUCGGAAUUGGGUUGUGUUUGAGGGCAAGCAGUUCGACUUCCCCGCGCUAAUGCGUCAGUACAGUCAGCAGUAUGAGGAAUGGGUUGGGCUACCUGUGGAUCGGGGCCCUCCUCCUAGGGUUUCUCCACCAACUCAACCAGCUUUGGUGGGGGAGGGGACGUUGGUUUGCAUGUGGGAUGGUGCUACGAGGAGGGGGUCCCAUUCGGCGGGGGGAUUUGUGGUGUUGUCUCCGACUAGGGCAAUCCUAGUGGCUGAGGGGAUUCAGUUCCCGGGUAUUGAUGAUGCUAUGGUGGCAGAAGUGUUGGUGCUCCGUGAUGCCAUCAUGUGGUGUCGUGCUCGUGGUUUAAUGGAGGUGUGUUUUGAGGGUGAUGCCAAGGUCGUUAUUGACAAAAUCAACCAUGCGGAUGCUAGUGAUAGUCGGAUUGGUGCUAUUCUUGCUGAAAUUAUUCAUCACUUGGCAGAUUGCUCGGGGUUUAGUAUUAUAUUUGUAGGUCGGGGUAGCAAUAGGGUAGCCCAUUUGGUGGCUCGUAAGGCCCUUUCUUUGUACCCGACUGCGAGUCGGUUCUUUGACUUUCAGGCCUGGCUGUGUUCCAGGAUGUAACUAUCUGGCUUCUUUAAUCAAUGAUAGAUUAUCUUUUGUAAAAAAAAAAACAUGUAACAUAUAAUUCAAAGGGUUCGUUGCUUGGACUUGGAGCAUCUCUCCUUUGGUUGAAUAAUUGAUCUCCUUGGAGGCCUAUUGCAACUCGAUUCCUUGGAUGUAAAGAUGGAAAGCAUAGUUGUGAGGGUUGUUCAUUAUGUUUAUUAUGUUCAUGAGUGACAAGCUACUAGCUAGCUAUAUGACGAUGAUCUGAUCAAGUAAAUAGUAUGUAACAGG